UUCGCAUUGUUUCAACUUUAAAAAAAUCUUCAGCAAAUUGCAAAUUAACAGGUUGCAUUUCGAGAUCCUUUUACAGAAACAAAGAAAAAAUGUCUGCAAUAAAAGAAAGUGAAUUGCCGAAGCCGUCGGUUCCCGAGCUCUCCGUCACUCUAAACAGAUUCUUGGAAGGAAUCAGAGCAAUUGUCCCCAGUGACAAAUACCAGGAAGCUCGAAAAUUAGUCGAAGAUUAUAAAACGUCGGGGGAAAUGCAAAAGCUGCAGGGGUUCUUGAAGGAAUAUGCAGAAAGCCACGAAAAUUACGUGACCGAAUUUUGGCUGAAAGAUAAUUUGAAAAAUACUUUGCCUCUCCCCAUCAACUCCAGUCCGUUCUUCCUUCUGCCGAAGCGGUUAUUCAAUACAGAUGACGAAAGAUUUCGAUUCGUUGCAAAAUUUAUCAUCUUUUCGCUUAUGUUCAAGGAAAGAGUUGAUAGACAAGAAAAAAAGAAUGCACUUUCCAUGGCCACGUAUCGUCACUUUUUCACGGCUUACAGGAGACCAGGCGCUAUUAAAGACGAGCACAUUUUUAGUGAAGGUGGUCCCUAUUUCAUUGUGGUGUGUAACAAUCAGAUAUUUCAAGUGAAGGCGACUUCUUUUAUAGACAGUUAUACAAGUGAAAAAGCUCUCAUAGAAGAGCUCAAGAAAAUAGAAGCGUUAAGUAAGCAGGUGCCACACUACCCGCCAGUGGGGAUUCUCACAGCUCUCAACCGAAAAGAAUGGGCGAGGAUAAGAGAACAAAUGAUCCAAAAUGAUAAUAAUAAAGAAUCAAUUCGGAUUAUUGAAAAUUGUCUGUUUGUGGUGUGCAUGGACGAAUCGAACGAAUGGAUAAGGAAACGAACCAAACCGAAAAGCUUUUCGUACAAGAGGUUGGAAGAUAGGGCUUACCACAUCCUUCACGGCAAUAAAAGUGGACAUUCCACCGGUAACAGAUGGUUCGAUAAAUUUAUUCAGUUUAUCGUAACCAAAAAUGGUGUAAAUGGAAUUGCAAUGGAACGUUCGGUGUCGGAAGGGAGUGAGGUUUUAAGAUUCUGCGAAGAAUUCCUGGAUUUCGUGAAAAAAGACUUACGGGUGCUUCCUACGAGAUCAUCAGACGAUUCGGAGAGAGUUACGAGACUUACUUGGAAUAUCAGCGAAUCUGUGGCAGAUGUGAUCAAAAAUGCAUCGGCCGUCAUAGACGCAAUGAUCGACACAUUAGAACUUAAAAUUUUUAUAUUUAACGAUUACGGCAAAGACUUUCCGGAAAAACAAGAAAUCAGUCCCGAUGUGUUCAUUCAGUUGUGUUUGCAGUUGACAUACUUCAGAAUGCAUGGAAAAAUGACGGCCACUUACGAAAGUGCCUCUUUGAGGAAAUUCAGAUUCGGUUGCGUCGACAACAUCCGCGCUUCCAGCCAAGAGGCUUUGGAUUUUUCAAAGUCCAUGUUAGAUCCUUCCCUGAGUCAGAAAGAAAAAUUUAUUAAGUUCCGGAAAGCUGUUAAAAAGCAAACCGAAAAUCACCUCUAUACAAUCAACGGAGAAAGACCGGAUAACCAUCUUCUCUGUCUAAAGGAAAUGGCUGCUCUACACGGUUUACAAGAACCGGCACUUUAUAAAACAGAUUAUUACAAAGAGUUUCUGGAUUUCCGCUUAUCCACCAGUCAGUUUCCCACGACCUACGACAUCAUAGUUGGAUACGGUCCCGUGGUGCCCGACGGAUACGGAUGUUCGUACAAUCCACUGCACGAUCGUAUCGUCUUUUGCAUUUCUUCCUUCAAAAAUGAUCUCUCCACGGACUCGGAGAAGUUUGCACAGGACCUGCAAUUGAGUUUGAUGGAGUUGAAGGCGCUUUGUGAGAGUGGGAAGACUGCAGUUUCCACCAGCUCACCGAAAAAGGCUGCAGUUAAUGCGGAAGCAAAGUAAUUAAACAAGAAAAAAAUUCAACCAUUCGGAUGUUUUCGGUUUAAGCUGCGG